AUAGCCGCUCUCUCUCUCUCUCUCUCUCUUCCUCUCCUUCAACCUCCAUUUCCCUCUUUCAGUUCAGAAUUACUCUUCCUUCAUCAGCUAAGAAAUAUAUCAUUUUAUUGUUGUUGGUGGGCGGCUUCUGAUCUGGGGAAGAUGGAUAAUUCUGAGUCGUCACAGAGUGUGAGGGUUGCAGUCAAUAUUAGGCCGCUUGUUACUUCUGAGCUUCUUGUGGGCUGUACUGACUGCAUCACUGUCUAUCCCGCUGAAAAGCAGGUUCAAAUUGGAUCUCAUGCCUUCACAUUUGACAACGUCUUUGGUAGUAGGGGAAGCCCGUGUUCAUCAAUAUUUGAUGAAUGUGUUGCUCCUUUAGUUGAUGCCUUGUUUCAUGGCUAUAAUGGCACUGUACUUGCAUAUGGCCAGACUGGGUCUGGGAAAACUUAUACCAUGGGUACGAAUUAUAACGGCGAAGAGCAAAAGAGCGGCGUCAUCCCCAAAGUAAUGGAUACUAUUUUUUCAAAAGUGGAGGCUAUGAAGGAGUCUACAGAAUAUUUGAUUAGAGUAUCUUUUAUUGAGAUUUUCAAGGAAGAGGUCUUUGAUUUGCUUGAUCAAAGAACAACAGGGCCUGCAAGAGUCCCCAUUCAAAUCAGAGAAAGAGUGAGUGGAGGGAUUACACUCGCUGGGGUUACAGAGGCAGAGGUCAGGACUAAAGAAGAGAUGGCUUCAUACCUGCUGCAAGGUUCAUUUGCUCGUGCCACAGGGAGCACAAAUAUGAAUAGUCAAUCAAGUCGUUCACAUGCCAUUUUUACAAUCUCUAUGGAACAAAGGAGAAUAGCUAAUAAUUUGGCUGGAGAUGACGUUGGCGACGAUGUUUUGCAUGCGAAGCUUCACCUAGUGGACCUUGCAGGUUCUGAGCGUGCAAAACGAACAGGUGCAGAUGGGACACGCUUGCAGGAAGGCAUUCACAUCAAUAAGGGGUUGUUGGCUCUGGGUAAUGUUAUCAGUGCGUUGGGAGAUGAAAAGAAGCGGAAAGAAGGAGGUCAUGUUCCUUACCGUGACAGCAAGUUAACACGCAUAUUACAGGAUUCACUCGGUGGAAAUAGCAAAACAAUUAUGAUUGCUUGUGUUAGCCCUGCUGAUACAAAUGCUGAGGAGACACUUAACACGCUGAAAUAUGCAAAUCGUGCGCGGAACAUUCAGAAUAAAGCUAUUAUCAAUCGUGAUCCAAUGACAGCUCAGAUGCAAAGGAUGCGGAGUCAAAUUGAACAAUUGCAAGCUGAGUUGCUUUUCUUCCGUGGAGACUCCAAUGCACCAUCUGAAGAAAUUAAAAUCCUUAAGCAUAAAAUAUCUUUGCUUGAAGAAAGUAAAAUGGAAUUACAGGAGGCGCUUCAAGAAUGUCGAAUCAGUUAUGAGCAUUUGACACAACGAGCUAUCGAAGCUCAGGUGGAAAGGGAUAGACUGAUUAUGAAAAUUGAAUCAGCACAAAAUGGAAAACCUUGGGAUGAGACUGACACCAAAUCAGAUAAGGAUUUCGAUAUUGUGAAAAGCUAUAUUACCAAGAUUCAAGAACUAGAGAGUGAACUGAUGAGAAUACGAAAUUUGAAUCGUUUAAGACGUGAGAGUUCUGAUGAUUAUCUCGAUUCGGAAGAUGAUGGGAGUCACUCAAGAAAUUUGUAUAUCAUGGACUCUGACGUAAAAAUUGUAGAAACAGAUGGUGUGGUUGAAGAUGUGGAAAAAGAGCUUGAGCAUUCUUCUCUGCAAGAAAAAUUGGACAAGGAACUGAAAGAGUUAGACAAAAAACUUGUACAGAAAGAGGCUGAAAUGAAGCGGUUUGCAAGUGUCGAUACUUCAGUUCUUAAGCAGCAUUAUGAGAAGAAGGUUCAAGACUUGGAAUUGGAAAAGAGUGCUUUACAGAAGGAGAUUGAAGCCCUUAAGCAUAAUCUUGCCAAUAUCUCUUCCAAUUCUGAUGAUAGUGCUCAAAAGCUGAAGGAAGAGUAUCUUCAAAAACUCAAUGUCCUUGAGACACAGGUUGCUGAAUUGAAGAAAAAACAAGAUGCUCAAGCUCAACUCCUAAGACAAAAACAGAAAAGUGAUGAAGCUGCAAGAAGACUGCAGGAUGAGAUCCAGAGGAUAAAGACACAAAAGGUUCAAUUACAACAAAAGAUAAAACAAGAAUCUGAGCAGUUCAGGCUAUGGAAAGCAUCUCGAGAAAAAGAAGUGCUUCAGCUAAAAAAAGAGGGAAGAAGAAAUGAAUAUGAGAUGCAUAAGUUGUUGGCACUCAACCAGAGGCAAAAGCUGGUAUUACAGCGGAAGACCGAAGAAGCUGCUAUGGCUACAAAACGACUUAAGGAGUUGUUAGAUUCUCGGAAAGCUUCACGUGAAACACCUGGUGGAGGAAGUAACAAAGGUCCUGGAAUUCAGGCACUAGUGCAGACUAUUGAGCAUGAACUUGAGGUUACUGUAGGAGUACAUGAAGUGCGGUCAGAGUAUGAGCGGCAAAUGAAAGAGAGGGCUAAAAUGGGUGAAGAAGUUGCAAGAUUGAAAGAGGAAGCGCUUAUAGGAAAGCAGCCGAACUUAAGUGAAUUCCCACAGUCGAUGUCUCCUGGUGCUAGAAAUUCGAGGAUUUUUGCUCUUGAGAAUAUGCUUGCCACUUCCUCAAGUACACUUGUUUCCAUGGCAUCUCAAUUAUCAGAAGCAGAGGAGCGUGAACGAGCAUUUAGUGGUAGAGGGAGAUGGAACCAAGUUCGCUCUGUUGCUGAAGCCAAAAAUAUCAUGAACUUCCUCUUUAACCUGGCAGCAUCCUCCCGGUGCCAGCUUAGGGAUAGAGAAGUUGACUGCAGAGAGAAGGAUGCCGAAAUUAGAGAUUUGAAGGAGAAAGUAGUCAGCUUGAUUAGACAAGUAGAGCUUCAAAAGUCUGAACUCAGCCGUCAGGAAAAUUUAGUGAAGUUGGCUUUGGAGAGACAUACCAACGAAAUGAAUGAAGCCUAUGGAGCUUGUGUGAUGAACAACAGCGACGGGCAUGCUUAUGACUUACGACCCAAGGGUUCCCAAAACUCCAUUGUUCUCAAUAGUGAAGUAUAUGCUUUUGAGCUAGAAGACAUGGACACAUCUGAUGAUGAUCAACAAGAACAUCCAAGGCUAUCAGAUGAUAGGGACGGCGAGUGGGUACGCACGAGAGAGAGAAAAAAACGCCAAGCUAGGAAAAGGAACUCAAAAACGGAUAGCCAUGUUGAAACGGCUGCUGAUUUAGAACACUUAGUUGUGGCGACCUCAAUUGAGCGAGUAUGUUGCUCGUGCAGAAAAUGCAGCAAUAGGGAAGAAGUUAGUGCAAACGACUUAUUGCAACCAGAGACUGCUGGAAAUAUGUUAGACACAGAUGAAAUAGAAAGAAGUAAAAAUCUUGCUUCUCAUGGUGCAAUGCUACUUCAAACUGCUUUGUCUGAGAAGCCUGUCAACGCAAAUGAUGGAGUCACAAGGAAACCAUUAUCUGACAUUGGGAAUAACCUGGCAAAUGCUAGUGUCCCAAAACCUAAUCUGAGGAAAAAAUGGCGCAAAUCAGUCAUUCAGCUGGUACCUGCUACACCAAUUGAGUCUCAAACCCAGAAUGUUGACGUCCCGGAGCAAGCAAAAACCAAUGGAGAAAUUGAUAUUCCUUUGAAGUUACCAAGAGCGAUGCGCUCUACUUUGACGAGUAAUAAUCAGCUGAAAGAGAGGAACUCAGAUCAACCCAAUGAGUCAGUUAACAAUGAGGUAUGCACUCCAUCCCUUGGAAGUCCUCGUCAGCAAGCCAGAAUGAAAAAUGGGAAAGAAAACAAGGGACUAUAGAAGGAUAUUCGUUGAAAUUCAUUAUAUUUUCAAAUCAUGGAGCAUUGGCAUCUGGAGGGGUGUUCUCCUAAGUCUCAUGGUAUCCUUAGAAAAUGGUUCCCUGAGCUUUGAUAUUUGCUUUUGGUGUUCUUGUAAUUUAAUUAAACCCUGCGUGCUCUCAUGAGUUUACCGCCAUAAAUAUUGAAUGAAAUGAGAAACUGUUGCAGGUGCAGAAA